AACCGUCAGUCCGUUGUCCGCAACCGUCGUGUUCUGAUUGUUUCACGAGAGUGCAACCAUUCCAAAUUGGCUGCAUGUUGCAUUUACUGUCGAAUCUAAGCAAAAAAUAAAUUGGUGUCAAUGUUAAUAGUCAAACCAGACUCAACGCUCAAGUUUCUGCCAUCCGUGAGGCUCAUCAACAACUUGAACAUCCGCAAGGGUAGCCGCACGGGAAACUCCGGCAAUCAUCUUGAGUUCCAGGUGCUCACACAGAUCCAGUACGUGCCCUGAUAGAGUAACGAGCCGAAACCGAAAGCUUCACAAUGCAGGAC